GAUUUCCUAGCAUACGGAAACACUGAGCGUACUCAUGCGUGAAGUAUCAACACAGAGCGCCGAAUGAAACAAUACGAAUUGCUUGGGAGACGAUAGAACUGUCUUUAUACAUCUAAUUUUGAGUAAAAGGCCUAUAGACGAUUAAAGACAAUAAGAUAAGACAUCCACACAAUGCCAGUGGACAGCAGUGGACAUGGAUCAAAGAAGAGAAAAAGAAAGGACAGCACAGAUAGAGAGCGUUCACAUGACCCUCUGCUUGGCCUUGAACAAUUACAAAUGAACACAUUAAGGCGCUACAAAAAAUACUACAAACUUCAAACAAGACAAGGUUUAUCCAAAGCACAGUUGGUUGAAACUGUGAACAAGCAUUUCAUCAGCAUGCCCGUCAAUGAAAAAGAAGCACUUACCUACUUUAUAUACAUGGUAAAGACAAAUAGGAAUCGACUCGAUAAUAAAGAUGCUGGAAAUGUUAACAAUAACAACAACAGUGAUGAAAGCAGUCGUGAUAGCAGAAUGAAGACUGAAAAUAAAUGAUUGUUUCUCAUUUUAUCCAAGAUUAUUGGACCCAGGUUUACUCAACAUCCCAGUUUCAACUACUUUCAUGCGUUCGAGGCUCUGUGGUGAAUUCUUGUUGUGAUGGUUUAAAAUUUAUAUCCGAUUUAUAUAAUAAGCUCCAGUGUUUUACCGAAACAACCACAAUGGUAGAAAAAUUAAGCAAACUCACCUAAAUUUUAAAUAUUUAGGCGUUGUCAAUAGCAAUAUCUCGUAAUUCUCAUUCCACAUGCCAAACAAUGCAAGAACCAAACACACUGCCAGCAGUUUUCAAUACAAUGAAAUAUCAUUUUGAAACAACAGACAGGAAAUGAAA